CCCAAAAUUUCGACCACACAGUGGUCUUUUCAGUGGAAAUUCUGUCGGCAAUAUUGUUUCGCGGCUUUGACGAAAGACUGGUCGAUUGCGCUAAUACCUUAAUCCGUUAUUUUAACUCGUGUAUAUAUGGUGUGUGUGUAUGAAUAUUAUACUCGGUUUAAAUUUUAUUUUUCCUUUUUCAUAUUCAUUAACAUGCGUUAUAUACCAUAAUGAAAAAGAAAACUACAAGAAUAAAACCUAUACAUAAUAAUAAUAAUAAUAAUAAUAAUAAUAAUAAUAAUGAUGAUAAUAAUAAUAAUAAUAAUAAUAAUAAUAAUAAUAAUAAUAAUAAACAUUGCCAGAACAUUUAAGAUAAAAACUUAGUUAGGGCGCUAAGGACUCCAGUUUUUAGGUUUUUUUUUCUCUAGAAAUCUAGGAACACACGUUUGCUGACGUUUUUACUUAGAUUUUUUAGAGUAUUAGAGUUUAAUAUUAUUCUAAAUAAGCUUUUAGUUGAGAUAACCACAUUAUGAUGGCCUCGUUUAGGUAUAUAAGAGAUAAUGAGAGUAUAAAAACUGAAUAAUUUUCUAAAUAGGCUUCCAGUAGAGAUAAUUAUAUCAUCAUGUCUUUGCGUAGGUUUUACAGAGUAUAAGAAUUUAAUAAUAUUCUAAAUUGUUUUUUUUUUUAAGUAGAGAGAUUCAUAUCAUUAUGUAUAUUAGGAUCGUAUCAGGUUUCGUACCGACCUUUUUUUACUUCUAAGUAUAGCUUCUCAAGUGGUGUAGGUUAUGUUAUGCACCCUAUACUACUCAUAGGCGUACGGGCCGGGGGGGGCGAGGGGGGCUGCAGCCCCCCCAAAUUUUGGGCAACUCAGUUUUUUGGGGCAGCAACAGAAAAUUUGGGCAAAGCCUCCAUGGUUUCUCCUUGGUUAUUUGAUUAUUUUGAAGACCUGUAUAUUAACCUGAAGUCGGCGUAAUAAUCCAGUUACAUUCACAUGAGACAGUGGUAGCAUCAUAAGUAAUUUAUAUAUACCGUAUUUAUUCGAAUAAGCGCCCAACCUCGAAUUAGCGCCCACCUCGUAUAAGCGCCCAUCCUAAAGGCAGAAAAAGUUAAUAAGCGCCCAGCCUCGAAUAAGCGCCCACCCCUCCUCCUCAAAAUCAAACUCAAAUAAGCGCUUACCCCCACCCCACCCACUUUAGUGAACAAAUUCUACUAAGAGACUUCCCCGAGAACGGAGUUUUCUUCAGAGUAUUUUACAGAAACCUUGCUUUGUUACUUCUUCGCGUUUUGUUAUUAGCUUUUUGUUGUUCUGUUGCAAAAUAAACAUACUUCACUUGCCGAAAAUGGAGAAAAUUUAAUAAGCGCCCAGCCUCGAAUAAGCGCCCACUCUCAAGGUCCAAAAAUUUAAUAAGCGCCCAGGGCGGUUAAUCGAAUAAAUACGGUAAUUGUAAUUUUUUAUUGUUGGGCACUGUACUGCACUGCACUAGCUGGCAUGGUUUAUUUCCAGUUUGUGAAUUGAUUAGAAUAAACUUCGCAUAACUUUCUAGAAUCAUCUCCACUCGAAGAACAGUGUAUGGCAGAUUGUAUUAGCAAUGGGUCUGACUAAUUUUCAGUUUGAAUUACGAGAAGAAUCUGAAUUCUUUUAAAGAAUCUAUCGUUAGGUUGAAAAUUAUUCGCUAAUUUGGUAAAGUAGACCGAAAUGUUUACCAAACGGCUAACAAGAGCGCCUUGAUACAUACUAAUCAAAUCCUUCUUUCUAGCAAUCGAUGCAGAGCUGUCUCUACGGUCUUUCACACACGUUUUUAAAUAGAUUAAAACUACUACGAGGUUAAAUUGCAUGUCAAAAGCGCUUCGUUUUCUACAGAUAACGGCCAAACAUCAAGAUACUCCUUUUCUUACCGUAUUUAUUACGAUGAAAACUUCACCCCAAAAUAUCUCGAUAACGCUCUUACACAUUUUGCUUAAACUUCACGAACAUCGAGGCGACCAUAUUGGAGAAAAAAAGCUCCUUUGAAUGAUUUUGUAAGGUUCCCAAUGCCGAGAAUUAUUGCUGAAGUAAAAUAGGUAAUGGCGUCAUUUCGUUGCUGUGACAACUCCGAUGUCAUUGCAACCCUGAUAAUGACAAAUUUUCAUCUUAAUACAACUGUGGUGGCAAUUUUUCCAAAUGCUUGUUUAUGGCGACUUAGUUAAUACUCAAACUUGGUAUUGACCCUGAAAAUAAUUGUAUCGAGCCACCUUCAUAUGCCAGUACGGCCUACGUUGUUGUAAUACGGCCCUCCUUUCUUUCCCACUCUUUCGUAAAAAUUUGGGCAACCUGCAAGAUUUUUUUGGGCAAUUGGUUUACCGCCCCCCCUGGCAAAAAAUUUCCCGUACGCCUAUGCUCAUAAUGUGGACAGCACUCCAAAGUUUUAUACUGCGACAUAAUAAUAAUGAUGAUGAUGAUGGUGAUGAUUUAUUGCAGAGUAUCCAACAAAGUGAGGCUCUUCAUCCACAAUAUCUACACUAUAAAUCUGCUCUAAAAAAAAUUGUAAAGUAGAAUUAAAAAAUAAAUUAAAAAUAAAUAAAUAAUAAAUAAAUAAAAAAUAGAAUAUAUACGUAUUUACAAUUGUGUUUGCUCCUUAAAGUUCCUUACAUAAAAGGUGUCUCUUCGCAGAAGGAAUUGCACUCAGUUAUGUUUCUAAUAGCUAAAGGGAGCUUAUUAAAAAUAGUUGCUGUCGAAUGCUGAAAUGUUCCUGAUUCUCUCGGAAUAGAAAGGACAGGCGCUAUCGAAGAUCUUAAGCUAUAAAUACUGACCAUGUGUAAAUUUAAUUUAAGAUGUUCAGGAAACGUUUCAUCAUAUAGCGACUUACGAGCUAACUUAAGUGUAUAUUUAGUUCAACGUUCUCAUUCACUGGAAGACAGUUCAACUUUAGAACGUCCUCCACUCUUGGGAACCUUCUUGUGACAAAACCAGGGCAAGCAUUUUGUAGCCUUUGGAGGCGCUUCAUGUGAAAAGCUGGAAGUGGGUGGAAAACAGAGCAUUCAUAGUUCACUUUAGAGAGGACUAAGCUCUCUGCCAGGUGUUUCCUCAUGAAAAGGGGCUAGAUUUUUAAGCCUGCGCAGUACUGACAGUGUCCCCUACGAUGUAGUUGUUGAAUGACUUUUCCGGAAUCCUGAUACUGUAGGACCGAGUAGCGCUUCCUCAUUGAUGUAAACAAUGAGCUGGCUGAGCACCAAGCGCUCGAACACUUUAGAUAGUGUCGGUAGAAUCGAGACCGGACGGUAAUCAACGUCAGACAAGGGUUCAUCAACUUUAGGAAUAAGGGAGAUUUGUGUUCUCGUCCAGAGUCUGGGAAAAGUUGAUGUUAAAAUACAUCCCUCACCCAAAGCCCUUCAAACAUCCCUUUUCCCCGUUGAACUGAAAGGAACUCUUCCGCGGCAUAAAUAAGUCUUCUUAUUCAUAUCAUUUUUAAUGACGUUGCGUUCUUGAUUUGGUGAAAAUUUAAACUGUCCAAGAUUAAGUCCAUUUAAUCUACUCACAAAGUUAAACGUGAAUGUUUACCUGCAGGUUAAUUUCUUUUUUUUGUUUGUUUCUUGUUGCUGCUACUGGUGUUGCUGUUGUUUUGUUUCUGUUUUAGUUUCUUAUGCUGAGAAAACUUCGUUAAGCUUGUGUUGAGCAAGCGGAGUGUGCUGGGGGAUUACACACCUGAGUUGAACGAACAAAGUUCCCACUGCAAUACCCGGAUUAUUCACGGGUUAUGCUCUCUCGACUCUAACCCUCCCUCUAAUUUCCUUGUGUUUUCUUAGUCGCGUUUCCUUAUCGAUCUUCUUCGUUCUUGUUUUCUCGCAGGAUUUGUCAUCUACUUGGUUAUGGGAUUAGACACAGCAUGGAAGGAACCCGAAAUGACAAUGAUUUCAUCCCGCAAGGCACUCCAGAUAUCGCGGGGCAGGAUGUAAAGAAAGUUCAACCCACGAACACCCCUGAAGACAAGAAACCUUUGUAAUCAGGCAGUGAAGAACAGUAAAAUGUCUAACGUAAUUAUUUUAAUUAAUCAGGGUCGGACAAAUUAAUGUAACAUUUCAAAAAUUUCUUUAAAAUAAUUUAUGGGGUUCUUGACCCCGGCGAAUUUUUAUUUUUUUGCUUUUCUUUCGGCAAGGAAAGCAAAAGAAGAUUUCUUUUUAGAGAUCGUUUACAGUUAUAUACGUCGUGGUUACAUUUUAUCCUUGGUUUAAAUUUUACGGUUUGUGGGUAUUGUAGCGUAUGAUAAUGUACGGAUUUGAACCAAAGGAGAAUAAUCUAUUUAACCAAGGAUGAAAUUAAAUCAAAACAUACAGAAGCACCACACCUUUCUUAGAUUUUCCAGAUGGAAUUUUUCGCCCCAUGAAGGGUGCUUGUGGACUCCGGAAUCCAGGAAAAUUUUGCGUAUUGAAUCUGAAAUGCUGGACUUUGGAAUCCGGAAUACAGC